CAAGCUGUUCGCAUUGAAAAACUUUGCUUCGUGCCAGCUAUUAUAAUUUUUCCGUUCUAAAAUGGUGCGGAAAAAAAUACAUGAUCCAGAAAUGCGUACGACGUAUGUCUUGAAAGCCGGGCAGACGCUUGAGAAUACCAAAGUGUCUGAAAGAGCUCGGGCAUUAGUAGUGACGAAGGACACCUUUCAGCGUUUCGUGGAUUAUACUACGGAGGAGGAUAGAAUAGCGGCACAGCGAGAAAAGGAAGCUGCAAAAAUAGCAGCGCUGAAAAAAGCGACUUAUGAAAAAAGUAAAACAUGGGACAGCACAAUACAAAAUAUUAAGGCGAGACAGCGGGAAGAAUUAUUGUCAAAGAGGAAAAAAUCCGAGGAAGAAAGGAGAGUGUUCGUGAAGGAAAUGACGGAGAAAAAGGUGGCGGAGCGUGCUGAGGUGGUGCAGCAAGCAAGGAGAUUGCUCCAGCAAAAGAGGCCUUUAUGCCGACAGAUUAAUCGCGCUCUCCUCGUCUCAGAGUGUCUCAGAGAGCUGGACGCCCAAGUGACCUUUCAAAAGGCUAUUAGAGCGAUGGACCAGGAGCACGAUGUGAAAUACGCUAAUUCGAUUAAGACAGACGUCGCAAAAUACGAGGAGUUGAAGAAACAAGAAGCGGAGGAACGAACGAAAAAAACGAGAGAUUACAGGACUGCGUUGAAGAAACAGAUCGAAGAGAACGAACGAGAUAAUAAGCUAAAAGCAACGGAAGAAUUGGAAGCUGAAAAACGGGAUCAAAGAAACACGACCCAAGAUAUGCAACUCACGAAAGAGAAAGAGAUGCAAGAUAUAUUGAAUAAAAAGAAGAGACUUCAGAAAUUUUUCAAGGAAGCGAUAGAGGAGAAGAAACGAUUCGAACUGGAAUUAAAGCACAACGACGAAUUAGAAGAUCGAGCGUUGGAAGUUUAUCGGAAGGCUAAAGAUCGAGUGCGGAAAAUUCAUAAAUCCUUAGCGCUAAAGGAAAAGGAAGAGAAAGCGCGUCAGACACAGAUUAUAGCGGAGCAACAUGUUUCAACGGAGCAAGCUCGCGAGGCUAAAGAGCGAGACAUCUUGAAAAAAGCUGUCGAAGAGAAAGAGGCGGCCGAGGUGGAAAAGCGAAAAGCACAAAAGGAACGAGAAGAGAAGAUGCGCGCUCUCAUGGAGGAAUAUAGGCUUCACGACGCGGCUGCAAAGACGAGGCAAAGACAAGAGGAGAAAGAGCUGAGAGCUUGGGAGAUGAUGCAGAGAUUUAAGAGAGACGAGUAUGACAAGCAGACCAACUUGGAAGAACGCAAGCAACAAUGGCAACAGAAGUUGGAAUAUGGCAACGAAUUGCGGAAAGAUAUUGAGGAGAAACAAGUCGAUAAAGAACGCGAAAAGGAAGUUCUCGAAGUUGAAGCGACUAAAGCCGCAAUGGAGAAAGCCAAUCAAAGAAUUUUGGUUUACGGCGACGAAGUUUUAGAAGAGUCGAAGGGUGUGAGACCACUUUAUCCGAUCAUUAAAGUUAUAGAGGAGAUUAAAAAGGAAAUGGGGUUAACGCCAAGCAAGAAAAAACUCGAAGAGUCAACCGUUAAAGCAGAGCGGCCGAGGAGAAAAUACAGAGCCCGUCGUCGCUGCGUGUGCCCGAAACCUGUUCCGGUCGAUCAAAUAUAUUAUUUGCAGUAAUUGCCGUUUGCGAUAAACAGCGUUAAUUUGUAAGUCACCCGUUCGCAAUUACCACGCAUCCGUCCGAUCAUUACGUCAUUUAUUCGAGACGUUAUCGAGUCAUUUUCGCAUCGCACCGUUCAGUCUCGCGCGUUUUUAACUCACGCAAGAAUCGGUAGAGACAAAGUCCAUGUUAAAACGAAAUUUACUAGCAAUUGACGAACAAAGAAUUCGGCAAAUUGUGAAAGUUGGAGUACUCUCACGGUUACUUAUUGCAAUGGGUACUCGUUAUGCAUUAAAAUAUUAUACUCCUUUCUCGAGCAAUUAAAUAAGCUGUCUGGAACGGGUUUCUCGAAAACAUGUUUCAAUACAUAAAUUAAGUACGAACAUAUUAACAUGUGACAUUAUUUCAGUAAUAUAGCAUGCAUUUAAUGCGAAAUAAUUUCUCAUACGAGCAAUUAUAAAAUACGAUUCGUCGCAUAAGCAAUACACAAUGUAUCAAAUCCUUG